AUGGAGUUUGAGACGCUCUACACAUGGAGUCGUGCCUAUGUGCUGCUGUCCCUCAGCCAGCAGGAUGGCAUCGAGCAGCACAUGGACUUUGACAACCGCUACACCCUGCUGGAGCUUUUUGCAGAGACCACCUCCUCUGAGGAGCACGGCAUCUCCUUUGAGGGCAUCCAUCUUCCACAGAUUCCAGGCAAGCUGCUUUUCUCUCUGGUGAAGCGUUACUUGUGCGUCACUUCAUUGAUGGACAAGCUAAACACGGCGGGGGUGGAGCCCACCUCUGAGCGUCAGGAUGUUGGCCCCUCCUCCUCCACGGCAGCCUACCAAUCGGAGCACGCUCGUGUGCAGCGGGAGUUCGAGUUCACCAUGGCCAUGGCCAACCUCAUCUCGGAGCUGGUGCGCGUCAUGGGCUGGGACCGCAACCGGCAGCUGCCCCUGACCUCCACACGCGCAAGCAGAGGGGUUGAGGAAAUAAAUAACGAAAUCCAGAAACACACCGUCCGCUCCAUCUUUCAGCCGCGCUUCUCAGCUUCGUCUUCUUUCAUGGCCACUACAGCAAUGGCUGCGGUCACGCCACCAAAGAAAAAGAAAACGGCAAACGGUUUCAAGACGCGUUCUGACUUCACUUCUCGUUCAGCUUAUGUGGAGUAUGUGCAGGACAACCUGAAGAGUGGCAUGAUGGUCCGUAUGCUGGAGGACUAUGAGGAGGUCAGCGCCGGGGAUGAAGGAGAGUUUCGUUACAGUAACGACGGCUCGCCGCCGGUGCAGGUUAGUGCUGUGUGCAUUCAUGGAGCUCAGUAUCAAACACUUUAUAUGCUGCUCUCAUUUUAGGGCUGCACGAUAAAUCGAAA